UUACUGUUCGUACAUUGGUUCAUGUUGUCAAGGUUGUGGGUAGGUCUCAUGUUCACGACCACGGUGUUGGCGCGUCCGACAACUGCGUGGGCAACCUUUGGUUGGCGUCGGAUUGUCGUUCGACGCCAAGUUCCCAUUCCUGCAGUCACCCCAACAUGCUUCUCGUCGGCGAUUGCCAACCCGACGGACGAAUGGAAAGGAUCCUCCCAUUCCUCGUCCGGAUUUGUGGAUCACAUCUUGCUGGACGCUGCCCAAGCCCCCUUAUCGGUGACCGACGCCGUCCAGCGGAUACUGACGGAUCGUAAGAAACAGAAUCUCGCCGUCACCGAACUCAACGCCACGGAAUUACUGCACUUGGGGAGUGUCUGGUUCCUACCGGCGAAUGCCCCGCGUGAUCCCGCACUGGGGGGAAAACCCGUCCGACUCGACCAGACCGCACCGGCGUUGCAAGCCGGUGACUACCUGCGCGUCCACCAUCAUCCACGGCGCUUCCCCCACGCACACCGGUACGAUUGGUCCAAGUCAAUCCACGACACGUCGGGAGAUAAACCGGGUGUCAUAGUGGCGGAAGAUACCGACAAGGGUUGGUUGGUGAUCCGGAAACCCAGUAUGGUACCCGUCCAUAUGACGGUCGACAAUUGUCGAGAAAACGUCGCGGAUUGUCUCAAACAAGCCCGCGCUUGGCAAUCGCCAACGGCCGACGCCAGGGAUGUCUACAUCACGACACCACAACGUCUGGAUCAAAACACGUCGGGAUUGGUCGUCGUUGCCACCCACAAACCCUUUGCGGCUUAUUUUGCGAGUUUGUUGCGUAGCAAAACCGCCCGCCAGCUGUCGGGCGACGGCGAUGACCGCAACCACGAAUCACUCGGUAGUGUACACAAGCUCUACCGUUGUUUACCUAGCAUUCGCGCACCGAAGCGAUUCGUGGAACACCCACCGGACGAUACCCAGUGGCCCGAGUGUUUGCUCAAAAUUGUCAAGGUAGGAAACGUUUGUGAACUCGUUGGGAGUCCGGCCGGACAAGAUCUGGCCGAAGCGCUCUGGCAGGAUGCGUCUGGUCAAGCCAAACGGAUUCCACCACAAGCCAAGGCCGUGGUCGAAGUCGAAAUUGAAUUACUCACGGGACGAACACAUCAAAUACGGGGCCAAUUGUCGACACUGGGAUUUCCUCUCGUUGGCGAUGCGCAGUACGGAGGGGCGGUUCCCCGGAAUCCUACCAACGAACAAUUUUAUAUAGGGACGGAGCAGUUGGCCUUGCAGUGCUGCGAGUUGGCCUUUCGCGACCCCGAUAGAGAGGGUGACAUUUUGGUUCGUUCGCAACGCUGGAAUCGCUUUCGACUCGAAUCCGCUUGGUGGUCAGCUUUUCUGGAACUCUUUCACAGCACUCUGGACGCGACUCCUGCAAUCCUUGACCCACCCGAGGAAAGCACCGAGUCCUCGUCCAGAAUAUCCGAGACGAGGCAAGAAGCACGCCCAGAUCUCUUACCGCCACGUGUUUCGUUGUCACCGGGAAAGAAUAAGUACGUAUUGAUACGCGCUACCCAUCCAAACGACAAAGUCGUUCAAUGCUUCGUCGUUAGCGCUGCUCCGUCGGAAUGCGGAGGACCCUAUCACGGCAACGUAGCCCAAGACCCUAGGGAAUGGAUCGAGGCAGCUGGUUACACAGUGGAAGUUACGGGAGGGGGUCGCAUCGACUACCAGCCCGAGAGCAGUACGGCAAAAGUGUACGGCUUUAGCUAUGGCUUUGGAAAAGGGGAUCAUAUCGUAGCAGCAAGGCUUAUUCAGGAAGUUUUGGGGAAGUCUCUUCGUGUAACGUACGACCUAUCGGACGAUCUCUACUAACGAAAGGACCAUGCAUUAAGAAACCGGUCGCAUCCAGGCUUUAGUCUGGACUGUG